CCAAAACAGAGAGUAAUAUUAGCACCAGCUUGCAAAAACUUGCAACCAGUGCACCGUAGUGUCACCCAAAUCGUAACGAACAAACACCACCACGAAUCCACGAUUACGACACAACGACGCCGUUUUGAGUGUAUAUAUAUAUUUGAAGCACACACCACACUCCACCCCGACGCGCGUGGGCUGGCUCUCAUGGCUUGCCUGAGCCGCCGCUGGGUCCCUAGUCCUGACAUGCUCUCCGGAGAACACUUGUCCCACCACCACCACCACCACCAUCACCACCGCAUCCACGGGGGCGAAGGCGUUUUCGGUUCCGGCGACGAGGACGAGGGCUAUUCCAAGAGCUGCACCUCUCUUCCUUCUUCCGCGUACCGGUUGGAGAAGGUUUUUCCCGUUUACGCCAUGUGCGGGUCCGACCCGGAGUCUGCGUCCGUGUUAGACGGGUCUGACCCAGUUUGGGAGGCUGUUAAAGAAGAAGCGAAGUUGGAGGCAGAAAAGGAGCCAAUCUUGAGCAGCUUCUUGUAUGCGAGCAUUCUAUCGCAUGAUUGCUUGGAGCAAGCGUUGGCGUUUGUUAUUGCAAACCGGCUCCAGAAUCCUACCCUUUUGGCUACCCAGCUGAUUGAUAUUUUUUGCAAUGUGAUCAUGCAUGACAAAGAUAUUCAACAAUCCAUUCGCCUUGAUGUCCAGGCAUUCAAAGAUAGGGAUCCUGCUUGUUUGUCAUAUUGCACAGCAAUUUUGUAUAUGAAGGGUUACCAUUCUCUGCAAGUUUAUAGAGUAGCCCAUGCAUUGUGGCACCAGGGACGCAAAGUUUUGGCCUUGGCUUUGCAAAGCCGAGUAAGUGAGGUUUUUGGAAUUGAUAUUCAUCCAGCUGCAAAAAUUGGGGAGGGAAUUUUAUUAGAUCAUGGGACUGGCGUGGUUAUUGGUGAAACUGCUGUUGUUGGAAACAGAGUUUCAUUAAUGCAAGGUGUAACAUUAGGAGGCACGGGGAAGGGAACAGGUGAUCGUCAUCCCAAGGUAGGCGAAGGUGUGCUGAUUGGUGCUAGUGCAACUAUACUUGGGAAUAUAAUAAUUGGUGAAGGUUCAAUGAUAGCUGCUGGAUCCCUGGUGUUAAAAGAUGUCCCUCCCCACAGUGUUGUGGCAGGGAUACCAGCAAAUAUUAUUGGAGGUCUUCAUGAGCAUGACCCAUCUUUAACCAUGAAACAUGAUGCUACAAAGGAUUUUUUUACAAAGUAGCUGCUAACUUUAGAGAUGAAAAGCCCAAUGUGUUUCAGGUCUCAGAAUCCAUAGAGAAAUUAUGUGAGCAAUUGAGUAUUUGGGGUAGCAUAGAUGUGAUUGGACAUUCAUUGCCUUCUUCCAAGGAAGGAUGAUUAUGAUAUAUAGUUAUAUAGUUAUCUUAAUAUAAAAGUCAGUUCAAGAUCUAGAUGCCAAUAGUAAAAGUAAAUUUAACUUUCAUGAUUGUAAUUUAUGCUGCUGAGUGCUGAGGUUGUUUGUUGCUUGCACCAGUAUUGCGAAGGCUAAAAUGCUACUGUAAUGUUAUUUGUGUCUCUACAUGCUCCUUCCUCUAAUAUUCUAUUGGGGGAGAAUAUUCGGUUAGUAUUAAGCUAAUAAUAAAAUGGUUUUUGAUUUCUGCAAUGUAGUUGAAGGCAACAGCUCUAAUAAUCAUAUAGUAUUAUCAAGCAAACUAGUAAAGAAACUAUAUGGAAUCCUUCUGGUCCAAUCAAUGCACCUCACUCAAAAAUGGUGAGUUCAAAGCUUAUUCAUGGUCUAUGUAGUUUUAAGGGUAAAAAACCAUAUUAAGCCAAAUGAGUCAAAAAAUAACGUAAAUACGCCAAAGCAAAAAUCGUUUCAGCAAUAAGCCAGAAGCUAUUUUUAUAUAAUUCGAACCAGCUUGGUUCGAACUCCAUUUCUACAUAAUUCGAACCAGCUUGGUUCGAAUUAUAUACAAACACAUACACACACAUAAUUCGAACCAGCUUGGUUCGAAUUACACACAAACACACGCACACACUAAU